GGUCUUUAUCGCUUCAAGUAGGGUAUACUUCUGUUACAGUAGCAUGCACCUUAACAUGAUCACCACCAUCCCGAUGUUCCUCGCUCUCACCUUGAUACUCUUGAUACAAUCCCACGCCAACCCAUCAUCCAACCUCUUCAAGCGCGCGCGGGAUUGGCAGUGCGGCCAGAUCAAAUCCAGCGACAAAAAUUUCCCUAAUCAGUGCAUCUGCUUCGAUGCCGCUGGGGUUACUACGGUAGCGGGGGAGAGCACGGCUGUGGUCGCCUAUGCGAAUGUGAACGGGUUUCGGUAUCCUGCGUCGACAAGCAAUAACGGAAAUUGUCAAGUCCCAGACGGCGGGCCGGUCACAUUAAAUCCAUACUCGACGACGGGAAAAUGUUGCUCGUUCACUUGUACUUACGGGCAAUGCGGAACCGUCUGUCUGAACCAAGGUCAGGCUUGUCGGUCCGGGGUCCCGAUUAGCCCUCUGAAACGUCGUAUCAAUGGGGACCGUUGCCCGGAAGGUCUUACAAGCUGCUUGACGAAAGUUGGUGGAAAAGACGUCUUUGAGUGUAUCGAUACGAACCGGGAUCUCGAAUCUUGUGGAGGAUGUACUUCGCCAGAUCCUCGGCUUGACAACUCGACUGCCGGCGUAUUGGGACGGGAUUGCAGUGAGAUCCCUCAUGCAUCCGGAGUGACAUGUAACAACGGCCAAUGCGUAGUAAACAGCUGCGUACGGGGUUACACGGCUGCAGGGGAUCGAUGUGUCAGAUCGCUUAAAGCCCGAGCACGGUCACAUACAGAGGAAGGACGUAAGCGGCGAGGUAGACGCGAGAUGUGAUGUAGUUUUACUCAGCUGCUCCAGACUCGGAGCUGGAUCGACAUCAUGUACAACGU